AUGGUACUUCUCCUGAGCAAUGCCACGACGAAGUACUAUCAGCAUAUUCUAGCCUUGGCCUUUGCGGUAAAUGAAAUCAAUGAAAAUCCCAGGCUCUUACCAAAUGUCUCUCUGGGAUUUCACAUCUAUGACAGCUACUGUGAUGCAAGGAUGACCUAUCAAGCCAUCCUGAAAUUGCUGACCAUACAAAAGAGAACUGUCCCCAACUACAAGUGUGGUACACAGAAGAAGAUGCUGGCUGUUAUUGGAGGUCUUCAUUCUGAAACUUCCAUCCAGAUGGCCACCAUCUUGGGCAUCUACCUAAUCCCACAGCUCAGCCAUGGCUCAACUUCAUCCAUGUUAAACAAUAGGAGUCAGUUCCCUUCUCUCUACCGGAUGAUCCCAAAUGAAGCCCAUCAACACACUGGGAUUAUCCAGUUACUUCUGCAUUUCAGAUGGACAUGGCUCCACCAUUUUCUGAAGAGCAUCUCCUUUAACAACACCAUGGGGGACAAUGUCUUUUUCAGUAAGAACAGAGAGUUAGUUUCUGACUUUGAUAUUAUAAAUUGGGUCACUUUCCCAAACAGAUCCUUUCACAGAGUCAAAGUCGGAAGGCUGGAUCCACUGGCCUCUCCAGGCAAAAGGUUCACCAUUCAUGAAGAGAAGGUCACGUGGCACAGCAAGUUCAACCAGAUGGUGCCCUCUUCUGUGUGUACAGACCACUGCAGUCCUGGUUUCAGCAGAAAAAUGCAAGAGGGGAAGCCAUUUUGCUGCUACGAUUGUGUUCUGUGUCCAGAAGGGAAGAUUUCUGACCAGAAAGAUAUGGGUUAUUGUGACCAGUGCCCUGAAGAUCAGUACCCAAAUCAAGAUCACACCCAAUGCAUCCCAAAAAGCCUGAGCUUCUUGUCUUAUGAGGAACCUUUGGGGGCUAUUUUUACCACGUUUGCCCUGCUCUUUGCUCUGAUGACAUCCCUGGUGCUGGGAAUCUUCAUUAAGCACCAGGACACACCCAUAGUCAAAGCCAACAACCGAAGCCUCACCUACACUCUUCUCAUAUCCCUUCUGCUCUGCUUCCUCUCCUCCUUGCUAUUCAUUGGCCAGCCCAAGAAAGUGACCUGCUUUCUCCAACCAAUGGCUUUCAGUGUUGUGUUCUCUGUGGCUCUUUCCUGUAUGUUGGCAAAAACCAUCACCGUAGCUUUAGCUUUCAUAGCCAUCAAGCCCGGAACCAAAAUGCGAAAAUGGGUAGGAAAAAAAUUAUCAAAUGCUCUUGUACUCACCUGCUCCCUUAUUCAAGCAUGUAUUUGCAGCAUGUGGCUGGGGACAUCUCCCCCAUUCCCGGAUUUCAAUUUACACUCAGUCCCUGGAGAAAUAUUCAUAGAAUGUAAGAAAGGGUCCUUCACCAUGUUUUAUUGUGUACUGGGUUACAUGGGUUUUCUGGCCAUUGUGAGCUUUAGUGUAGCUUUCCUAAGCAGGAACCUGCCUGACAGUUUCAAUGAAGCCAAAUUGAUCACCUUCAGCAUGUUGGUUUUUUGCAGUGUCUGGAUAUCCUUUAUUGCCACCUACCUGAGCACCAGGGGCAAAUACACGGUAGCCGUGGAGAACUUCUCUAUCCUGGCCUCCAGCGGUGGUUUGUUGACCUGUUUCUUUUCUCCAAAAUGUUUCAUUAUUUUAAUAAGGCCUGAUCUCAACACCAAAGUGCAGCUUAUAAGAAAAAAAGAUACCGGAGUCUAG